UUCAGGAGGGCGUUGGGAUUUGGAGUCUGUCGACCGUGAGGCAGCAGCAGCUGCUUCAUUGCGGCCCGGCUUCUUAGGCUGGCAUGAGCAGGACCAGGAGCGCAGCAGGGCCUGCUUGGAAAGGAGUUGCUGAGCUGAGUCAGGUGAGGGCCGGGCCGGGACCGGACCUCUCGGGCCGCAGGAUUCAUCUCCCUAACCGUUAGCUGUGGCUGGGGACCGACAGUUUGAACAGUUUUGCAGAGGAAAAGAAACGUUAUAAGUGGAUGAAAAGAAAGCGAAUGAUGAAUGGAGAAGAUGCCUUCCUGGCUAACUAACAACAAAAAGUGAUGGGCUGUGGGACAAGCAAAGUGCUGCCCGAGCCACCUAAAAACAUUCAUUUGGAUUUAGUUAAAACUGUGGAGCCUUAUACUGGCCAACACCAUGAUAAGUACAAGCACUUUAUUAAAUAUGAUGCCAUCAAAAGUGGAGGCAAGACAGCCCAGCCACCGCCUCAUCAGACUAACGUGUACCAGCAAACUGGACACUGGGAUCAGCAGAAUGAUCCUCGAAGAAAUAAAGUGGCCAAAUACCGUGCAAAGUUUGACCCCAGAGUGACUGCAAAAUACGACAUUAAGGCACUGAUUGGUCGUGGAAGUUUUAGUAGAGUGGUCAGAGUGGAGCAUAAGAGCACGAAACAACCUUAUGCAAUAAAACUGAUUGAGACAAAGUACAAGGAAGGCAGAGAAGUAUGUGAAUCUGAACUCAACGUCCUCAGGAGAGUGAGGCAUGCCAAUGUAAUACAGCUCAUUGAAGUAUUUGAGACGCAGGAGAGAGUUUAUAUGGUAAUGGAAUUAGCAACUGGAGGUGAACUUUUUGACAGGAUCAUAGCCAAAGGCUCCUUUACUGAAAGAGAUGCCACUAGAGUGCUUCAAAUGGUUCUUGAAGGAGUUAAAUAUUUGCAUAUCUUAGGCAUCACACACAGAGAUCUGAAACCAGAAAAUUUGCUGUACUAUCACCCAGGUGCUGAUUCCAAAAUUAUGAUCACAGACUUUGGAUUAGCAAGCACUCGAAAGAAAGGUGAUGACUGUCUAAUGAAGACCACCUGUGGCACCCCAGAAUAUAUUGCUCCAGAAAUUCUUGUGAGGAAGCCUUAUACGAAUUCUGUUGACAUGUGGGCAUUGGGUGUUGUGUCCUACAUUUUGUUAAGUGGAACUAUGCCCUUUGAAGAUGAUAAUCGUACUCGAUUAUACAGGCAGAUAUUGAAGGGUAAAUACAGUUACUCAGGGGAGCCAUGGCCAAGUGUAUCAAAUCUAGCCAAGGAUUUUAUAGACCGACUGCUUACCGUGGAUCCCAGUGAAAGACUAACUGUGGGCCAAGCCUUGAAGCACCCUUGGAUAGUAAGCAUGGCAGCCUCCUCCUCUAUGAAGAAUCUGCAUCGCUCUAUUUCUCAGAACCUUUUGAAAAGAGCUUCAUCCCGAUGCCAAAGCACCAAAUCGGCACAGUCCACGAGAUCCAGUAGAUCAACAAAAUCUAACAAGUCACGGAGAGUACGAGAGCGAGAACUGCGAGAGCUUAAUUUACGGUAUCAACAGCAGUACGAGGGUUGAAAGGACUCAGCAUUUUACACCAUGUUGCCUUCCACUGUGCACUUUCAUAUUCAUGUCACUCUCAACAACAGGUUGACCAUUGUGGACUCAAGAGAGUUUACGCAAACCACUUUCUGCCAGUUUAAAACUCUGAAAAUUUAAAAUUAAUUUUCAAAUUUUACUACAAAUUUAAUUGCUACAUUCAGAAAAUACUGACCGACAUUCAAAAUUAUAGUGGAAAAUAUUGAGCCAAUGAGACUUUUUCUCAUGAAAUUUGCCAAAUGUCUAUGAUUAAAUGACUACUGUACAUAAGAGGAGUAAAAGAAGAUUGGCAUAUCUGAAAUUUGACGAAAGGGGUGUGAAAUUUCAAGUCUCGGUCUGCUUGUUUUACUUCACAAGUUCAGUUGACUGCAGUUUUAUAAGCUUGUGCUGGUUAUUGUGAUCUGCCUUGUCCAUACACGUUUUUUCAAUACCUUAACCUGAAAAAGUUAGCUUCCAGUUUGCAAACAAAACUUUAAUGACUUUUGUAAAUCCAAGGCAUAAAUGAACAUUUUUGACUCAAUAAAUGUGCCUACUGUGUACUUAAUCUUCUUUUGAAAUUUCUUAAGUUGGUAUAGGUGCAUAAGGAAUACAUACAAAAGUAACCUUUUUCAAACAUGUAUGUUUUCUAUUUUUUUAAGUGUCCUUACAUUUGCACAAAUUUCCAUUGCAAUCCACGCUGAAAAGGCCAAGUUUCCUUUCAGUUUGGAGCAAAGAUAUUCUGUGCAACAGAUCUAAGUUGUUUAAUUAGCUGCCGUAGCCUAGAAAUGAAAAAAAAUUACAACUGCUACAUACGGUUACUUUGUGUGCUUUCUCAUCGUUUCUUUUGAUACACUUAACUCUUGAUACUAAGCGAGAACAUUUGCGCACAUGCAGUUUCUCCCAUCACUAAUGGCUGGUGACCGUACUGGUUUGCUUUUGCAUCACCUUGUCCCCUCACUCACUGCCUCCUGCUUGCAUCCACGUCUCUCUCACUCACGGAUUUCUUUUUGCUUGCCCCCCUCAAUAAAGAAGAGUAAAUGGCAAUUUUUUGCAGUUUCCAGAUCAUGGUGUAUUAUUUUUCAGCUGAGUUUGGUCUGUGCCAUCUUCCGCUGACAAGUGCCUGGAAUAACAGUUAUGGAAACAUCAUAAUGUAAUCAUGCAAGCAGUGCUGCCUCUGCAGUACGGGCUCACUAAAGGUAACCCUUUUUGUUAACCUAGAUAUGCCUGAUUUAAGAAAGUGACCAUGUAAUUAGUUUGUGGUCAUAUCCUUAAUUAGUGUGCCAAAAACUGCAGGGCUAGUGACCAAAGAGGCAGGAUUAUCUUGUUCAGUUAAUGAAGUUAUUGUAAUAAACACUGUAAAAGUUAUGUUAUGAUGCUGCUGUACCAAAUAUGUGAGUGAUAACCUCCAUAUUAACAAAGCCACUUGCAGGUUUCUGUGAUUUCCAGGCUGGGUGGGUGGACAAACAGGUGCCUUGUGGCCAGACUUCAUUCUUUUGUGAAUGUAUGUGCGUAGCGUCAACCCAGGAUGACUUGCUGUUCAGUCUGUCACUCUGGCAAUCAGGGCCAACAUAUCUGAGGAUCAAGCUGUUGGUACAGACCUGUGCCAUUCUGAAAACAUGGCUGUUUUCUUGAGAGAUCAUUUGUUUCUAAUGCUUUGUGUAUUAAUUUGCAUUGUGCUAUAUGUUGAUAAGGCACUUGUCUCUGAAAAGAUGCAGUAAAUAGCACUUAUGCAGAUUUAUAUUCAUUUUAGUAUCUCUGCACCAGAUCCCAUUCAUUUUUCACCCUAUCUCUGCUAAACCACACAGUCUUCUGACAUCUCUUCUGUAGAACUGUUCUAGAGUUUGACCUUCUUGGUCUUUUGCUUCCCAACAAAUCCCUGUGUCCAAACCAAAAUCUACAUUCCUCCACCAGCAACUUUGUGCAUACCGCUCCAUUACUUCAGCAUUGUCACCUUUGUUUUGGAAUCUGUUCCCCAUCCACUCUGUCUUUAAGCGAUGGGAGAUGAGAAUUGUGUUCAUGCAGUGUGUUGUGAAAAUCAUGAAUGCACCAACUAAGAAGGUGAGGAAUCAGAUUCGUGAACUUUCAAAAAUAAUUUGGAUAUGUAUUCGAGAAGGAAGAAUGUACAGGGCUAUAACAAAACAGCAGGAGUCUGAACUAAUUGAAUGGUUCUUUCAGAGUCACCCAGGCCUAAUGGGCUGAAUGGCCUCCUGCACCGUACAUUUUUAUGAUUUGCAUCCCUUUAAAAUCGAUUUCUGCCUAAACAUUUGGCAGUUCUUUGAUUAUUUAUCUCUGAAAUACAGAUAAAUGCUUUUUUUUGAUAACGCAUUGUAUAAUUUUAUUUUGAAAAUAUAGAAAGAAGUAAGGCCAUUACUCUUCUACAUCAAAGCAACAUAAUUAAGAUGCGAUUCCAUCCAUGUACAUGCACAUUUUGCCUGUGGCCUGUCAUCUUCACAUGACACUGGUAGUUGAAGCUGACUCAGUAGCUCGAGUCCCUUUAGGAUAUUUGUAACAUGGACCCUUUGCAUUCUUUUGUAAUUGUGCACAGUUGAACUGUAGCUUCCUCACAUUUUAUGUUUCUGUCUUUUUGCUUUUUGUUUACUAUUUAUCCAUUUGGUAUAAGCAAGUCGAUAUUAAAUGUUCAAAGUGGCAUUAAUACUUUUAAGUGCAUUAAAAGCAAUUCAUUCGCUAUAAAUCUUAGGUUUCUUCUAUUGCCUGGCACAGUUUUUUUUUGAGGGGAAUGUGCAAAGGAGUUCAUCACUAUUAGUAGAAGACAUGGUGGAUUAUAAAUUGGUUCAAAACCUGGAAUCCCUCCCUAAAGCACUAGAUCUACCUAAACCAAAUACACUGCAGCGUUUCAAGAACACAGCUCGCCUAGGGAUGGGCAAAAAAAUGCUGGCCUUGCCAUUGAUGCCCACAUCCCAUUUUAAAACAAAAAGUUGUGGAGCUAAUUAUGGCAAAAAACAUGCUCAUCAGGACCUCUAAUAUAACUCUCUCACCUAUAAUCACACAAAUGAAAACAGAACUUUGUAACAUCUAAAAAGAAAUGUCGUGAAUGUGACCAAUUGUUAACAACUUCAAUAAGUUUGAUUCUUAUUUUGAUAAUAUUUUUCCCUGAAGAUAAUGAUAAUUAAGAACAUUAUAGCAGUGAAAAUACUCUUUAGUAAAGAAAUUUGAUGGAGCAAUGUGGAUAUGCAAAAGCAGUUCAUACGUUAGUGGUCAUAUUUUAAUGUUUCUGCCAUGUGACCAGUCCUUGCAUGAUUUUUCUUCACUGCAGAAACCUAUUUUUCUUUAGAGACUAAACGUCAGGAAUUUUUAAUCACUUAGGAAUCUUGUUUGUUAACGGAAAGGUCUGGCUACUUUUAGAAAUGUUUGGUAACAAAGAAGUUUGAUAAGAUGCACAAAACAUCCCAUUUUAAAAACAAAAACCUCCAAUUUUUUUCUGCUCAUUUUUGCUCUACACUUACUAGAAAUGCCAUAAGCAUCUAGAAUUCUAUGUUAUCGACAUUUGAAUGGAGAAGUCUUUCAUGACUAAUUAUUGACAAUACUACACUGUACCAUAAUAAAUGCAGAUUAUUAUAUAAACAUGUGUAGUAUAUAGUGUAUGGUCAGGAACUUGUAGGUUUGAAUCGGCAGAAAUGCUUCUUGCAAUGUAGCCUAAACACCAGUAAUUGGAGCAUGCAUUCUGCUUCAUUUAAAAUUGAUAUUGAAAUGGAUUUGCCUCUGGUCAAUAUGAAUUGAUUCAUGCAAUUACAUUACUAAAUUAAGUAGCUGAAAUUAUGCCUUCAUUGCAUUGUUGUGUCUAUAUUGAGCUCUGCUAAGUGGAGCAAAGAUUAAAAUUUACCUGUUUUUUUGUCAUCAUUGUUACUGUCAGUAUUUUUAUGACAGUAAGUAGUUUUGGUAUUUCACUGUCAAAAUAUGUCAAAACCCACAAUGUUAGUUCACUAGUUUGUGGACAGUCACAAAAAUCUAAAUUCCUGGGAAGCAAUGCAAGCUUUUCAAGAGGCAGUUUUCAUAAUGCACAGUUUCAAAUAGAUGUCUGACUUGUGCCAUUAAAUAGUUUGGCCUUCUGAUAAUUUGUCAUUAUUUGCCCCUUCGAUGUGUUAUUACCAAAAGGUUUGGGACAAUCGUGAUUCUGUCCUAUUAUUAUUUUAAUGAAAGAAAGCUAGUCACAAUGGCUUCAGCCAUAGCCUUCGCUUGUUAUUUUUACUGUGAUCUCUUGAGACAGUUCAUUUCUAAAUUUUAGCAAGUUAGGGCUGAAAAUUUUGAGCAGUAUUUUAGUUAGUAUUAAACCUCUGCUUCCAUGAUAUGUGUGAAUAUAAAUCAAACUGAGAACAUGAAUAUUUCGUUAUUAAUGGUACGAGUCAUGAUCCUGGGUGGUUUCUGGCUUUCUAGCUCAACUACACAGAACAUCUGGUGACUAGUUUCAAGAAAAUGUUCAUUUUGUGUUGUGUUUUUAAAAAAUAGGUUUUUAUUCCAAGUCUGAAUUAAUUGUACCCAAUGUAAGUAUAUGUUAUGAAUGCUGUAAAUUAUGAGUCAGUAAUACCAAGAGACUGCCACUUAAUAAAAUUCAUUGGAACAUUGUGUUUAUAAUACCAUCGGAGAAGCAGGCCUUGCAGUUAUUUUUUAACCUUCGUUGACAAGUGUUACUGCUCCUUAAUAGAAAUAUGUUGCAAUUAAUAUUAUUGAUUCAUGGUCUUAUGUGCAGUUGUGAGAAAGAAAGACAAUUUGGGUAAAUUAUCUUCCCUAGAUCAUUCAAGAAGCUUUCAGUAUUCAUGAGAUGAAUGUUAAUUAGAAUUUAAAGUGGUGGAAUUUCUCCAAUUAAUUUACAUCCUCAUAAAUAUCCUUUGGUUCAAAAAAUAUGUCAAGCAAAUGCUGUUUGGAUUAGAAUUUUUUUAAAAACUUUGUUAAUUGCUGGAGUUUUUUUUUGUUUCUGUAUAAUUUAAGAGUAAUUCAACUUGCUCAAUUUUUGUUUCCUUAAAUUUUGAACUUGUUAAUAAGUUCACAAAUUUUGCUUUUCUAAUCUGGAAAUGUGAUUAUUUAAAAAGAAACUAAAUAUUUAGGCAAAACUUGUGCCAGUAUUUUCAACAGUAACAUCCCACAUAUGCUAAUUUAAUUAAACUUCAGAUAAUAAAUUAUAUUUCAUAAUUGUAUGUCAGUAAUGAUUUUUAAAAAUGUGCUGUCAUGAUAACCAAGAAAUCCAGUAACAGUGCUUUCACACCAUGUUGGUUAUGCUUCACUUCCCCUUUUUGUUAAAAUAUUCUUUAAUAAUGAGUUUGAGAAGAACAGUAUUCAACGUUUGUUGUAAGGGUUAUUGAGCACAUUGGUAUUAACUCACUGUAGCAUAAAUAAAUUUGAGCCAGAAUGCUUUAAUAUUGUGCAGUAUACUUGAUUUGUCUGUUGAACCUUCAACAUCAAUAUUUUCUACUGUUAUAAAGAUUUAAGUGCAUCCUUCAGGCAUGACCACAAUUUGAAACAACACAAUCAAUUAUUGUGACAGUUUGAAACAUGGAACAAAAUUUCUCAAACCACCAGUGUGCCUUCCUAAAAAUCCUGAUGUACUGCAUGCAACAACGUGCCUUGCUUGAAUUAUAAAACAAGAAUGUAAAAUUUAAAGGUGGGAUUUUUCCCUAGGUCUGGACAAUUCAAAUAUAUUUGAAUUUUGAAUACCUUUCUCAGGUGGAUGGGUUAGCUCAGAAUUUAUUCCUGCAGGUCUUCGUAACCUCUAGAAACCAUAGAGCAUUUUCUUUGCAUCAGAUUAAUCUGGACCAAUUUUAAGAUGUAAUCAUUAUACUGAUUGUAACCCGUAGAUGUUUUCAUAAACUGUAAUAAUGAUCCAACAUGUUUCCAAAAAUAAGAUCAUAAGACAUUGGAGCAGAAUUAGUCUAUUCAGCCUAAUGAGUUUGCUGUUCCAUCCAAUGGUUGAUCUGAUGAUCUUCAACUCUCCUUUCCUGCCAGUUCCCCAUAAGUCCCCAAUUCCUUUGCUGAUUUAAAAAAAAUCUGCUUCAGUCCUGAAUAUACUUAAUGACCAAGCUUCAAGUCCUCUUUGCUAAAGAAUUCCACACAUUCAGAACCUUUAUGAAAGAAGAAAUUCCUUCUCAUCUGUCUUUAUGUGAAACCUUAAUCUCAGAUUAUGCCCUCUGGCUUUAGACUCCCCAUAAGUGGAAACAAGCUCUCCGUGUCUACCCUGUCAAGUCUUCUAAGAAUCUUGUAUGUUUCAAUAAAGUUACCUCUCAUUCUUCUAUAUUCCAACAAGUACUUUGCCCAAUCUGCACAACCUCUUCCCAUAAGACUGUCUUUCCAUAGCUGUUAUUAACCUAGUGAAUCUUUUCUGGAUUGCCUGCAAUGCUAGUAUACCUUUCCAAAAAUAAGGGGUUCCAAACUGUUCACAGUAUUCCAUCUGCGGUCUGACUCCCAUGGAUGAUAAUGGUAGGAUAAGUUCUGUAGCUUA